AUGACGACGGCCAACGAUGCAGAAAUUGCGGAUUUGUAUCCUCCCCCUCCGCCGUACUACGAAUUCUUCACCACGCAAAACAUUGCCAAAGCAAAUCAAUGGAUUAAACAACACGAAAUCAAGAAAAACAUUAAUAAUGGAGAAGAGGAUGAAGAUGAAGAGCAAGUUACAGAACAGAAUUCGAAUAAUGAUGGUGAUGGGAAAACCAAUAAUAAUAAUGAGCAAUUGAAGUUGCCGACUGGGACGUUCGCUAGUUAUCCAGAUGACGAAAUCCGGUUCCUUUUACCGCCUCCUAAACCUGAAGGCCCAACGUAUCGACUAUUCGGUAACAUUUGGCAAUUUGAAGAUAAAAUGCCCAGCUUGAAAGAAAUGGGGGUGGAACAAUUGUACAAUGACGAUGUGAAAAAUCAGGAUGAAGUAGAUGAUAAAAAUAUGAUAACCGUGGAAGAAGAAAAAGAAAAAAAAGAAGAAGAAAAAAAAGAACAAGAAGUAGAUUCAAAAGAUUUAGUGGAAAACCCCAAUGAUGAAUUAUCUGAAGAAGAUCUGAACUCCUCAUUGAAGCGGAUUAACGAACUCAAGAAACUUUUCAAAUCACUAUUACUCAAUUUCCUCGAACUUAUAGGGAUCGUUUCCAAGAAUCCGACGCUUUAUCCGGAGAAGUUGGAACAGAUACGGAUCGUGUUGAUCAAUAUUCAUCAUUUACUCAAUGAGUACCGACCACAUCAAGCAAGAGAGCUGUUGAUCUUGAUGUUACAGAACCAAGUGACCGCAACCAAAAAGGAAAUUGCGGAAAUUAAGCGAGGGUGUCAGAUGGUGGAGGAAAGAUUGCCGAAAAUUGUUGGGGAAAUCAUGAAAAAUAAUCAACUUAAAAAAUCAUUUGAUGAGAAACAUCAACCAGAUGAAGAGAAGUCACAGAAUAAUGAAUUGGUUACUUCGAUCGAUUCAUUGAAGCUCGCGGCAGCAGACGAUUUGUUGAAAGCUUUGGAAUAG